AUGUCUUCAAGUGAAAAGGAAGGCGCGGGCAUCUCAGCCCAAAACCGCGGCUCUUGGAGCGCGUUCCUAAAAUCCAUCGCCUCGUUCAACGGCGACCUCUCCUCCCUGACCGCCCCGCCCUUCAUCCUAUCCUCCACCUCCCUCGUCGAAUUCUCCUCUUACUGGGCCGAACACCCUUCUCUCUUCGUCGCGCCGGCGAAAGAAAAGGAUCCACAGAAACGCGCACUCCUAGUGCUGAAGUGGUUCAUAAGCACGCUAAAACAGCAGUAUGCUAGUCGCAGUGAGCAGUUUGGGAAUGAGAAGAAACCGCUGAAUCCAUUUCUCGGGGAGCUGUUUUUGGGGAAGUGGGUUGAUGGGGAGGGGGAGACGAGGUUGGUUAGUGAACAGGUUAGCCACCAUCCCCCAGUCACAGCAUACAACAUCUCCAAUGCCACCCACGGCGUACAGCUGCAGGGCUACAACGCGCAGAAAGCAUCCUUCUCGCGCACCAUUUACGUCAAGCAAAUCGGGCACGCCGUCUUCUCCAUCCCUGCCUACGACGAAACCUAUCUCAUCACUCUCCCCAACUUGCACAUCGAGGGCCUGAUUUUUGGCUCGCCAUUCGUAGAACUUAACGAUGCGACGUACAUCACAUCUUCCACUGGCUAUACGGCCAAGAUUGAUUAUAGCGGCAAGGGAUGGCUGUCAGGGAAGAAGAACAGCUUUACGGCGACAAUGUACCCGACGGGCAAGGAGAAGGACGUCCUGUAUACUAUUAGUGGCCAGUGGACGAAGAGCUUUGAUAUCAAUGAAGGCACGCACAAGAAGAGUGGGCUUAUUGAUACACGCGCGUGGGCGAAGGUCGCACAAGGUAUUGCGGUGGGCGACAUGGAUUUGGUGGGGAAUGAGAAGGGGAAGAUUGAAGUUAGUCAGAGAGAGCUGAGGCAGAAGGAAAAGGAUGAAGGGAGGUCUUGGGAGACGAGGUUUUUCAGUAGAGUAGAGAACGAUUCGGUUCUGAGCCAGUUGGGGCCUGCUAUUAGACUUGAGGCGGAGCCGGACAAGACGGGGGGCGUUUGGCGGUAUGAUGAUAAGAAGGCGAGUGCGGAACUCGCGAAGGAGGAAUUGAAGUAG